GCCAGCCCAGCAGCAAGUGGGGGCCGCCGGAGGGUUGAGCAGCGCGGCGGCGGCGGCGGGAGGGGGCAGUGGCAGCAGCAGCAGCAGCAAGGACGCUCGAGAGGAGGUGCUGGGCACUGCUCCCGGGAAUGCCUAGCCGAGGAGGAACAGGAGGAGGAGGAGGAGGAGGAACAGGAGAUGCAGCCGGUGUGCCGGGACUGGCGCUAGCCCGAGGCGCUGCCUGGCUUUAGCCCGCCGAGGGGCGCGUGAGUCCCGCCAGCCGCCGCCGCCGCCUCUCUCCGCCCGUCCCGUCGGGGGGCCAUGGUGGUGCUGACCCUCUGGAAGCGCUGCUGCCCACCGCCGCUGCCGCCGCCGCCGCCGGAGUGAAGGCGCUGCCUCCUCGGCCCCCCUCGCCCCCUGCUCCUCCCUCCGGCCCCCUUCCGCCAUGGAGAUGCCCAACAGCACGACGGCGGCCAACGGCAGCCAGCCGACUAGCCCGGCGCCCGCGGCCACCCUGGGUUACCAGCUGGGCACGUCGGUGGUGCUGGGCGCGCUGAUCUUGUUCGCCGUGGUGGGCAACGCGUGUGUCAUCGCCGCCAUCGCCCUGGAGCGCACCUUGCAGACUGUGGCGAACUACCUGAUCGGCUCGCUGGCCGUCACGGACCUGAUGGUGUCGGUGCUCGUGCUGCCCAUGGCCGCCCUGUACCAGGUGCUGGGCAAGUGGACGCUGGGCCAGGUGACCUGCGACAUCUUCAACUCCCUCGACGUGCUGUGCUGCACCUCGUCCAUUCUGCACCUGUGCGCCAUCGCCCUGGACCGCUACUGGGCCAUCACGGACCCCAUCGACUACGUCAACAAGCGGACGCCCCGUCGGGCCGCCGUCCUCAUCAGCCUGACGUGGCUGAUCGGCUUCCUCAUCUCCAUCCCGCCCAUGCUGGGCUGGCGGACCCCAGAGGACAGGGCCGACCCCAACGCCUGCACCAUCAGCAAGGACCCCGGCUACACCAUCUACUCCACCUUCGGCGCCUUCUACAUCCCGCUGCUGCUCAUGCUGGUCCUUUACGGGCGCAUCUUCAAGGCGGCGCGCUUCAGGAUCCGCAAGACCGUCAAGAAAGCAGACAAGAAGCAGCAGCAGCAGCACGAGGACUCGGAGAAGGUGGCCGACACCUGCCUGUCGGCCUCGCCGUCCAGCGGGGAGCCCAAGCGGAGCAACGGGGGUCCCCAGCAGCAGCCCAAAAGCUGGAAAAGCGCCGUCGAGCCCAAAGGGCCUGAGGGCCCGUGCGUCAAUGGGGCCCUCCGGCUGGGAGAGGACGGCCCGGUGGCUGCCUUGGAAAUCCUCGAGGUCAACCCGUCCAACUCCACCAAAAGCCACCUGCCCCUGCCCAACCACCAUCACCAUCACCACCACCAUCACCACCACCACCACCCCCCUCCCCAAGGCAGCUCGGGAGCGGCCACGCCGUCGACGGAGCGCAAGAACGAGCCCAAGAACGCAGAGGCCAAGCGCAAGAUGGCCCUGGCCCGGGAGAGGAAGACGGUCAAGACUCUGGGCAUCAUCAUGGGCACCUUCAUCCUUUGCUGGCUGCCCUUCUUCAUCGUGGCGCUGGUCUUGCCCUUGUGCGGCUCGGGCUGCUACAUGCCGGACUGGCUGGGCGCCGUCAUCAACUGGCUAGGCUACUCCAACUCGCUCCUCAACCCGGUCAUCUAUGCCUACUUCAACAAAGAUUUCCAAAGUGCUUUUAAGAAGAUCAUCAAGUGCAAGUUUUGCACGCAGUGACUGGAGCGCAGGGAGGGACUGCACACACACACAGAGACACGCUUUUUGAGGGUGAAGUGGGGGGCUGGGAGAGGGGUAGGGUAGGCACUGGGUGUGUGGGUCUUAUCCUCCACCUCACCUCUUCAUGAACUCCCCUCCCCCCAGGCACCUCCUUCUACCAUGGAUGCUUUGCAGACAUCUGAUGCCCUGUAAUGCCGUCGGGGCUGGGCCAUCUCACUCUGCUGCGCCAUUUUCAUUGGGCACUGAUGGCUCUUUUAUUUUCGGGAGAGGAGGGCGGGGAGCGUCGCCUGGACCCCCCCCCUUUCCCCAUUUGGGACGCUCGAAUGGAGGCUGCCCUGUGCCUUGGGUCCCAAUACAGACCGGGGCCCAAAGCCAACUGCUCUCGCCCAGCAGUGUUGCUCAUCCGGCGCCCUCGGGGGUCCCUUUUCUGAACUCCUGCUUCAACACCGCGAGGCGGCUCAGGAAGGUAGGAGCGUCCCAGGGAAGCCUGACAGUCUCGUUUGUUGUUGCUCCCGGCCUCGACUCCUUCUCAGAGUUUCCUCCUUACUCCAAACUGUGCAUAGAAACAAUCCGAUCUAGGGGAGCUGAUCUAGGAUUUUGAGGGGGUGUGUUUGCGUGUGGGGGUGGUAGCAUGGGCUGCAGACCAGGAGACUAACCAACCGACCAACAAACAGGGUAUCUGCCCGAAUUGAAACCACACAAUAAAACCAUCCUAUGCAUAACAACGUAAA